CAGGGCACGCUGCUGAAGGACGGGCGGCAGCAGCAGCAACGAAAUCUGGGCGGGGCGCUAAGAGUGGCUUAGCCCAGGCAAAGUUUUCCAGGCGUGGGGGGGCCGCAGCUAGGAAGGAGAGAGCCCCACGCGUGGGAAGGGUCUGCCGUGGGUGUGCUGCUGGUGGAUCGCUGGUCCCCGGGGCUUCCCCGCAACUGAUUCUGCUCCUGCCAGGCACUUCGGUUCAGUUGUUUGAACCAGAGGACAGGGGGGAGCUUGUUGCCUCUUGCCAGCCCUGAGUUCCCACUCAAGCCCAGGAAAUUCAAGGCAGCACAAGCCCAGAGAUCAUCUCGCCAAUGCCAUGUGUGCUCAGUAAGGUGCGAGGUCCCCUGGGAGACUCAUAUCAACAUGUUCAGUGAAAAGAGCAGCACCUCUUUGUCCAAGAAACCUAGCCAGAAAAAGACCAGGCCCCAGGGGCUCCCAUCCCCUGCUCUCUGCUGCGCCUGCGGACUUUGCAUCAUGCUCGCCGGGAUCAACAUCACCCUGGUGGGAGCGUUCGCUUUUGGGACCUUCCUCCCCGUGAACAACCCCCCCAUCAUUAUCGGACCCAUCCUGCUGGUGGUUGCUUUCACUUUCUUCGGGGCCUGCUGCAUCUGUAGCCGGAGACCACCCGCCCAUCGGGCGAGGAAAUCCAAGCCAGGUUCCAACAUCGGGCUCAUCAAACCCGGUAACACGGCCUUUGAGAUAGAAACCAGCGAGCACACGGUGCAGGACACCACCGCCGUGCAGCUGAGCCCAACCAACUCGCCUGUGUCCUCCAGAAAGUCCACACCCGUCCAUGAGAACUCCAAGACCUGCAAACUCUUCACAAUGGAUGGUAACGGGCCGGCAGCAAAAUACACAGCAGGAGGGGAAUCAAUUCAGCUGAACUUGCCUAGAGACCUUAUGACAUCCUAAGUCAAGUCAGAGUGGUUAUUAGCAGCGAGGUGGGCACUGCAGUUGGGCACGCCAUGAUCAGAUGGAUACAGCCGUUAGGAAGCAGCAAGCCUACAAAAUCCUUUUGUGUGGCCAACCGAUACGUUGACAUCUUAAAAACCAGUUAAGAAAGGAAAGGGAUGACAUAGUAAUUGGAAACAGUGGUGGGAAAUUCCCGCUUUUUUUCUGGAAUGGGCGCAUUUAUUUAAUGUGAUUAAAAAUAACGCUGUAAUGAGGAAUCGAUAUGGCCUAGCUACUGGGAAAUUAGAGAUCUUCUUUUGGAAUGAAUUCAUUUCUUUAGUGCAACUUAAAAAAAAAAGUAAUGUCGUGAUUAGAAUUCAGUGCCACAGAGUGCCGGCAAAUUACAGGUCUCUCUUUUUGGAAGGGAUGCAGUUUUUAAUGUAAUAAAAAUGACCAAUGCAGUAAUUAGAUAUUGAUACCACCCAGUUGCUGGGAAAUUACAGAUCUUUGAGACUCGGCUUUGGGAGGGUUGAGGAAGAAUAAAUUUAUUUUAACGCAAU